UUCUUUUUAGCUUUUUCUUUACCCCAAAGGAUAUAAAGCAAUAUUCUCCAUUUCUAAUAAGCUGAGAGGCCGCUAUCACAUAUGCAGGUCAAUUUGGACAUCAAGUCGAGUAAGAAUAACACACACCAACGCUAGCUUUGUAGAUAUCUUUUAGUCCCUGUGGUUUGCAAACCUACACUCAACAGAAACUUUUAACUCCAACAUGAGCAUCUUUUAUCAUGAAGAAGAGCCACCAAAUCCUUCCAAAAGGUGCAAAUUUCUUGCUGCUUGUCUCACAGAUGCGUUUUCCAAUUGCCAUAUUGGCAGACGGCUUCCAACUUCGAGCCCAGAAGCAGAGGAUCAAUACAUAACAAAUGACUUUGAUGAGGAACAGGAAGUAAUUGUAUCAGCAAUUCGAAGUGCUGCAAUGGAAAAGUUGAGGCGCAAGCCUAGCAGUUUGACAGAUAGUUUUUCAUUUGUCUACUCUUCAAAAUCAGGAGAUUUAUUCAUAAGCCAGAAAGGAGUACUAAACAAAAAGGAUCAAGGUGAAGAAGAUGAUGAGAAAGAAGAAUUUUUAUCUGUUAAAAGUUGCUUCUCUUGCUGCUCAACUGCUGCCACAAGUAGAGAUGUGUUUCUUUCUGUCAAGACAAGUUUGUCCCGCUGUUCGAGCCUUAAUGGGAUUGAUUUUAAAGAUUUUCCGAGGCAGUCUAUAAUUCAGCAAUUCCGUCAUUGUGAGGGCUGGCCCUUUGGUCUUUGCCGGAAGGCUGUGUUGCUUCCACCUCUGCCCAAGUCGCCGUCUGAGUCGUGGUCAUGGCGCAAAGGCACUAAAUAUGUCAAGAUGGUUUAAAGGCAGAGCUCCCCAACCCCACCACCACCACCACCAAAGGUCCAAAGUUCUGUCCUGUUUAGAUGAUUGAAUGCGUUGAAUAAGAAAGCAACUAGAAUAAAGUUUCUUUGUAAUGCCAUAUCACUGUGAGAAGUAAAGCCUAAUGGGAAUUGAAACUCUCUCUCUCUCUC